CUGGGGAUUAGAUUUCAACAUACGAAUUUUGGGAAGACACAGGCAUAGUCCUCAGCAACUUAUUUUUGUAUUCUAGGCUCCAACCACACUACACAUAAAACCCACUGAUGAUAUGCUGAAGACACAGGCCCUCCUUUGUCUCGGAGCCAUUUUAAUAUCCGUCCUUCUGUGGGGAACACGUUCUCUCUUGCUCUCCUUCCCCUACUUCCAGGCUAAUGUACUCAGUUUCUCACCCAUUUCCUGGAUAUUAAAUAGGAGCAGGGACUCUUUUGGGUUCCUUUGGCCUAGUCCUUCUGUUUUAUUAGAGAAACUAUGUAGAGUCAGCUGAUAUAGGAGAAAGCAUUUUUAUUACAAUAAAUAAUGAACUCAUAUUUGUCUCACAUAUUAUUUGUUGAAUGAUGGAAAUAAUUAUUUUCACUCUAGGGCUAAGGCUAUAUACUCCAGUCAGUUUCAUUUAAUGACAUCAUUCAUUCAACAAAUGACACGGGGACCAGCAUGAGGUCAUGGUGUCAUACUGUCAAUGUCACGGUGCUUGCAUCUUUAGCGAGAAAGGAAAUAUUCUCAGGAAGCUUGUACGGAAACUACAUCACAGAAACAAUGUCGGGAAAGGCAGUAAGUAUUUACUCAGCAUGCCAAGACUCUCUAAUGCUCAUUUAUGGGAUCCUCCCAGAAAAUAAUGAACUUUGGCCAUCUCCCUUGUGAUACCUGCAGACAUUUAUGCUUAGAAAAGAAACUUCUCCAUCAUCUUGACAUGCCCUUCAGUGUCCUCCAGAAACUGAAGUUUGAACUUUGUUUUUUGGCAUCAUAAGUGGCUCCUCUGGAAAUUGCCCUGAUGUGCUAAAUUGAGCAUUAGAACAGCACUCCUGGGGAUCUUUGCUAUAUCUGCAGUCACUUAUUCCAAACUGAGAGAACAGGGACAUGAGCGCCACCAAAAUACGUGUGUGCACUCACGCUCUGCACAGGCAGAGGCUAUUUCUGUCCAUGGAACAGUGGGCAGAGGAGGAGAACCAGCAAAGUGUUAUGCACCUUUGCUGACUAACAAAUGGGACGAGGAGAAAAUACAGGAAUUAAUCUUUGAGUUCUUAUUUUUAUGACUAUAUCUAUAACAGGUUGAAUGAACCUAUUUACACGGAUAGAUAGCUUUGAAGAUUGUAAUCAUCGUAUUUCCAUAGAAUAGAUUUCUGAAUAAUUGCAUUUUUGUGUUAAAUAUGUCACAAGGCUAUUCCUAACCAGAAUGCUUUUCAUUUAAAAAAUGUUUAUUUGUUUAUUUAGAGAGAGAGCAUGAGCAAGAAUGAGCAGGAGAGGGGAAGAGAGGGAGGGAGAGACAGAAUCCCAAGCAGAGGCUCUGCGCUCUCAGUGCAGAUGUGGGCCUCGAACCCACAAACCAUGAGAUCAUAACCUGAGCCGAAAUCGAGAGUUGGAUUCUUGACCAACUGAGCCACCCAGGCGCCCUCUAACCAGUAUGCUUCCCCGAGCAAAACUUUGACUAGAAGUCCUGUGGUUGAUUUUCCUCCACUUGAUGACGUACUCACACUAUGUGAGUUUGGUGAAAUCUCCUACACUUUCUGGUUUUUCUCUUAUUGUCCUCAAACCAACACACUCUCUACUGAUGCCACUGGGUAAUGAAAACAAUGAACCAAAGAUGGGCAUCUCUGGGGAAAACACGUUGUGAAUGUAAUGGAUAAUUACGGUGAGAGAGAGAGGGAGGAAUACAAAUAGAAACCAAUAGUCUCAGAUUCGAUUCUAACCCAAUAAUAAAGAACAGUUAAGAUAAAAAACUAAAUAUGAACUGCAGUAAUGAAGACUCAGUAAGAACAUAUACCCUGAAGAGCGUAGAGACUAACUCUACUGCUGUUCUCUCUGAAACAAUGACAUUAACAACAAGCAUUUGUUGAACGCUUCAUACAUGUAGGUGCUGCGCUAAGUGCUUUUCCUAGGUCAUGCAUGUAUUUAUUCAUCAAAUAUUAAUUGAACACCUAUGACAUACAAUGGGCUGUACAUUAUCUCAUUUAUCCUGCCACAACCUUGUGAAGAUAUCUAUUAUUAUGCAAUCAUUUAACAAACGAGGAUGCUUAGCCUGAGAGGUUAAGUAAUUGGCUUGACGUCUUCCAGCUUCCAGCGAGUCAUGGAGGUUUUGGGACUCAAACCCAACUCUGACCACAAAGCCUGGGCUCUUGACUGCACCAUAGUCACAAGCAUGGCAUGUCACGCCUUUAACAAAUGUAAGGAACCUGGAAAAGGGAACGGCAAAGAUUUUUUGAAAACCCACUUCCCCCUUUAACAAUCACUUUGGUGUCUGUCCAUAGUUCAUUUCAUUUCAUGCACAUUACAGCCCUGUGAUGUACUUUCUGGACUUCAUUUUAAAGAUGAGGAAACUGGGUCUCAUAGAUAAUCAGUGAUUUUUCCCCCCCUGAGACACAUGGCUGGGAACUGGCAUAAUUAAACCUAAAUCCAAAUUUCAAUUCCUAUUUUCUUUCCGCUGGGCCUUUGCUACUCAAAAUGAUUGAGGGAAGGAAAUUUAAUCAGGAAACAUCAGUGGGACUGGGGCUGUGUAACCUGGAGAGGAGAAGGGGGCUGAGCGGCAUGACCGCUUUCCCCAGUUCAAAGAGUUCAAAGGAGAGCUUGAAUCACACAUGUGUGUUCUACAUCAGGAAGGGCAUCUUGACUCUAAAAUAUUGGGGUGGGUUUCCAUAAGGAGCCCGAGGACUCACCUUCAUUGGAGAGCCAACUCUUCCUGCCCCAGGUAAACCGAGAGAGUCGCAGAACUCCUGGGCACCCUAUGGAGUCUUAUGUGGUAGAGAAUCUGAAUCCAGCCACGGAGCUUGGGGGGGCCAAGGGUCUGCGCUGUGAGUGAGGACUUGGCCUGAGUCUCCCUGGUGUGGAUACUGCUUCACCUGCAGGGAUGGAUGCUUUUUAGAGAUUCUUUCCAGCUCAUCAGUAUGUGUCUGGAUGUCUGUUCUUGUUCAGAAUGUGUCUCUCAAACGUUUCCAGUAAAUGGCAGGGAGCGAUCUGGGGGUGCAGGGCAUGUGCAUGGAAAUGUGUGAGCGUGCGUGCAUGUGUCUAUUUGUCCUACUGCAAGUGUGAAAUUUCUUUGGAGUCUCAUGCUUCAUAGUAAAAAUUAAUACAAAUGUGAGUUUUAUUCCUUGAUAUUCAAUAAUACAAUAUUUGUAUUUGCUCAAACUUAAACUACACUUUAUUUUAUUAAAACAUUUUUUUAAUGUUUAUUUAUUUUUGAGAGAGAGAGACAGCGUGAGCGAGGGAGGUACAGAGAGAGAGAGGGAGACACAGAAUCCGAAGCAGCCUCCAGGCUCCGAGCUGUCAGCACAGAGCCAGACGCGGGGCUCGAACCCACGAACUGUGAAAUCAUGAUCUGAGCUGAAGUUGGAUGCAACUGACUGAGCCACCCAGGAACAGAAAAUAAUUACAUAACUGAAUAAAAACACGAGGGAAAUUCUGAGGGUCAAGGAUGGAAUUUUGGGCUCCUCAGUGGCCACCUCAGCCAUGGGGGAGGCCCACAGCACCAUCAAAGGAUCCAGACCGAGGGCUUCAGAGAGAUGGAAACCAUCGGCCCGUUCCUCGCUCUUGGUACAAUGGAGAGAGGUACCAUCAAUGGCAAGACACGCACAGGAGCCCCCAGCCACAGCAGGACCCCAGGACGGACAACCAGCAGCCCCAUUAUGCAUCCAGGCCUGGGGAAAGGCGUCAGCCUGUGUUGGGAGUUGACUAUUAUGAAGGUGGUUAUCCCCGUCAGUUGUAUUCAAGGCCAGGCAUUGAGGAUCCGUAUCAGAGCUAUCAUUCUCCAACCCUGAGGGAAGAAUAUGCUUAUGGAGAUUAUUACUACCACAGACCCCCGCAGCAGCUACAGGAAGAAAGAGUGCCAAGGCGAGAGAGUCCUUAUGUGUGGCAGGAAGAUCACCGAGAUCAAAAGUACCUCAGUGAGCAUCAUCACGAAAACCAGAAUAGUCUCCCCUGGGAAGGAGUGAGCAGAGAAGAGCAUUUUACACAAACACCUAGUCGGAACUCUUAUAAAGACAGUCCUGCUUCUAACACUAGGCCGGAGAGGCCUGGGGACCUGUUUCCAGAGAGUCUGCUAACGGGAACCCAGAAGAAUGAGCCAUCGCUGGCCAAUGAGUCCAGCCUUCUCCGGCAGCAUGAGUCUGGUCUCAGCUCUAGUGCCUACGAGCUCAGUCAGUACAUGGGAGCUGACUCGGAGCCCUACGAUCCUGUGGCGUCGGCAGCUUGGAGUCCAAUUCAGGCUGAGGAUGUCUCAGCAGCUGGUCCCAAGGCACCCAUGAAGUUCUACAUCUUUCAUGUGCCUGUGAGCUUUGGGCCAGGAGGUCAGCUGGUGCGUGUGGGUCCCAGCUCUCCCAGUGAUGGACAGACGGCCCUUGUUGAACUGCACAGCAUGGAGAUUAUUCUUAGUGACUCUGAAGAACAAGAAGAGAUGAGGACUUUCUCAGGACCCCUGAUCAGGGAAGAUGUACACAAGGUGGACAUCAUGACAUUUUGCCAGCAGAAAGCAGCUCAGAGCCAAAAAUCUGAGACACAGAGGAGCAGAGACUCAGCUCUACUGUGGCAGUUGUUGGUUCUCCUUUGUCGACAGAAUGGGUCCAUGGUGGGAUCUGACAUCGCGGAGCUGCUGAUGCAAGACUGUAAGAAGCUGGAGAAGUACAAGAGGCAGCCGCCAGUGGCCAACCUCAUCAACCUGACCGACGAGGACUGGCCGGUGCUGAGCUCAGGGACCCCGAACCUGCUCACCGGGGAGAUUCCCCCCAGCGUGGAGACGCCUGCACAGAUCGUAGAGAAAUUCACUAAACUGCUCUACUACGGCAGGAAGAAGGAAGCCUUGGAGUGGGCCAUGAAGAACCACUUGUGGGGCCACGCUUUGUUCCUCGCCAGCAAGAUGGACCCAAGGACCUACAGCUGGGUUAUGAGUGGCUUUACCAGCACGCUGGCGUCCAAUGACCCACUGCAGACCCUCUUCCAGUUCAUGUCGGGGAGGAUCCCACAGGCAGCCACGUGCUGUGGGGACAAGCAGUGGGGAGACUGGAGGCCUCACUUGGCCGUGAUUCUGUCAAAUCAGAGUGGGGACCUGGAGCUGCAUCAGCGCACAAUUGUCACCAUGGGGGACACUCUGGCUGGGAAGGGGCUGGUGGAAGCAGCCCACUUCUGCUACCUCGUGGCUCACGUGCCCUUCGGCCACUACACCGUGAAGACAGAUCAUCUGGCCUUGCUUGGCAGUAGCCACAGGACGGUUUCCAGGGAAUUGUUUGAGGGAGGCCUUGCUGGGUCUCAUGGCUCUACUUUCCAUUUUCUUGUAUGCAUUUCACCUACUGCUGCUCCCCUCCUCUGGGGCUGUUCUGCACAGAUCUGGGCAGGGAGGUGUGCCCGGUGGGAGCCGCAUCACACCUCCAGGGGGCCUCAGGCCCCAGCCCUGCUCCCCAAAACUGCGUGUGGGUCUUUGAGGUGUAUUGCCCCCUUCUGACCACUUGGUGGCGCCCUGGCUCCAUGACCAGACAUUAUCUCUUAAGAACUGUCAGUGCGAUCGAUCGGGGUGGCUUGAGGUUCUGUAUUAGGCAGCCCUGGGCUUGUCUCAGAGUCAGCCCUGGGCAGAAUUGGAAAUUGCAAGAAGUUUAUGUUUACUCCUUACACCCCUACACUGACGGUGCACAAACUACUCAAAAUCCAGCCUGUUACUUAUUCUUUGUUGGCCAUAACGUUAGCGUUUUCACACAGAAGGAUCUUUUUUUUUAAGUUUAUUUAUUUAUUUUGAGAGAGAGUGCGAGUGGGGGAGGGGCAGAGAGAAAGGGAGCGUCUCAAGCAGGCUCCGCACCAUCAACGCAGAGCCCGACGCAAGGCUCGAACUCACGGAACUGCGAGAUCAUGACCUGAGCUGAAGUAAGAGUUGGACGCUUAACCAGCUGAGCCUCCCAGACUCCCCUUCACACGGAAGGAUCUUAAUAAGCCUGUAGACAAUGAGUAAAUGGACAAAAAAGAUCUGUUUGCUUCUUAGCAGUUCUCCAUGUUCUGGAUCUCUCUUCCC